UUAAGACUUAUCUCAGAAAUACACAGAAAAUCAUUAUUUAACUUCCCCCCAAAACCUCUUUGGAAAAUGGGCCAUGUUCCAUAAAGAUUUGACAUUUUUGAUAACCACAAGAGGGCAGAUUCAGAGAACAUUUUUUAAAGGAUAGCAAUAAGAAAUUGAUUUUCCCUUCAGAAGUGUUAAUAAUCUUCUGUGAUACAAUUGGUGGAAGAGAUGCUUGGCAACGUUUUAAUAUUUGGACCCUUUGGUAUAAAAAGGGAUUCUCUGGUGGCUCAGACAGUAAAGCAUCUGCCUGCAAUGCAGGAGACCCGGGUUCAAUUCCUGGGUUGGGAAGAUCCCCUGGAGAAGGAAAUGGCAACCCACUCUUGCCUAGAAAAUUCCAUGGAUGGAGGAGCCCUACAGUCCAUGGGGUCGCAGAGAGUUGGACAAGACUGAGCAGCUUCACUUUUGGUAUAAAAAGUGCCAGGUGGUUUUUUUUUGUCCACAGUCACUUGUGUAUUUCAGGUUUAGUAUACUUUCUGCAGAGGAUGGAUGUACCCAAACGUUUUUCCAAAGCUUUUAACUCGGGUCGCGGUCUUAACACCUUGGAAGUGACCUGUGCUUCCCUACUCAGAGUCUUGUUUUGCAUCUCGUUUUGCCCUGUUGGCAGUCUGUCCUCCAAUUUAUAGGUCAAAGGAUCUCUGUUCCUUAGUAUAAAAAAGCACUAUCCAGCUUAAAAUAGUUACUUUCCUGCCCUCUAAUUUGCACAGUCCUACUUGGAAACCCCUUUCCUGUAACCAGGAAUCUCCGCUUGCCUGAACCUUCAACUCAGUAGGGCUCUUGUACUGAUGUCCUGUUUGCUGGUGACUGAAGUUUGGAGGAGCUAGAGUAGCCUCCACGGAUGAGAGAACAGCACUGCUCAGCUGAAUUACUUGACACUCGGUAUCUGACCAUUUUUAUCCCCAGGUCCUUUACAUCGCCAACACCCUUUGCUUUAGGGAGUUCUCAUCCCCGGAGUUUUGAGGUUUUCGAUUUACAACCAAGUUUGGGUAGCCAUGAGUUUACGUCCACGAAGGGGAAACGAGCGCAGGCGCCGGUAGGAAGAGGCGUGCCGCCAGCCCCUCCCAGUCCGCUUUUCCCCUUCCGGUAGCGCGGAGGUGGCGUCAUCAUCGAGCGACCCGGCGGGCUUGAAGGGUCGAGAUGUUGAGCCGGUUGCAGGAGCUGCGCAAGGAGGAGGAGACGCUGCUCCGCUUGAAAGCGGCUCUUCACGACCAGCUGAACCGGCUCAAGGUUGAAGAGCUGGCCCUCCAGUCGAUGAUUAGUUCUAGAAGAGAAGGUGAGAUGCUGCCUUCUCAGCCUACACCGGAACCAUCACAUGAUAUGUUGGUGCAUGUAGACAAUGAAGCAUCAAUCAACCAAACUGCACUGGAGUUGAGCACAAGGAGCCAUGUGCAAGAAGAGGAGGAGGAGGAGGAAGAGGAGGAGGAAGAUUCCUGAAGGGGAGAAGAGCCCGGGAACCUGUGUCAGGUGUACCUGCUGAGCGGGGAGCCAUCGCUCAGUGGAGUAAGCAGCGCGGCGCAGCCCCGGGUAGAGGCCCCAGUGCCAGCUGCGCCAGUCCUGCCCCCUCUCCUGCUUUCCUCUCGGAUGAAGAGAUGGAAGAUCAAUGGGAUCUGUUCACAGGCCCACAGGAAAGGUGGCUGGAGGAUAAGGGUGCUUGCUGAGAAGAACUGGACAAAGGCCAAAGAUUAGACUUCCAGGAAGCCACACUGCUCCAAAGCACUGAAGCUGUCCUUAGUGUGGUAUUUCCGCCUUCCAGCCUCCUUCCUGUCUUUGCGUUUCCCCCCUCAUUAAUGCCUGGCUGCUAAAUCAUUUGAUGAUUUAUCCACUACAGACACUGAAAAUGCCACCACAAAAGCAGAAACUGUUUUCAUCCUUUGAAUUUGAUAGUAUAUUUAUUAGAGUAAGAGAUUAGGCUUGUUAAACAUCUGGAUUAAAAUGGUAAAAGGAUUUUCAUACAGUUGUUAGGCACUAUACACACUGUUGUUUACAGUAGCAUCAGUACUUGGGUUUGGUGAAAGGUAGAUCUCAUUUAUUUUAAUGCCUUGAUCCAUUUGUAACAUUCAGAGUAACUCCACCAUUUUAGAAACACUAAUCCAAACUUAAAGAGACAUAGCACUAAAUAUCCACAUGGUAUAUUUAAAAAUAAAUAUAGAAAUACAACCAGAAGUCUACAAAUCAUCACAGUAGACAGACUGGUGAAGCCCCAGCUAUCAUGGCAGUGAAGGGCUCUGGCUAGAUUUUGAUGAAAAUUUGCUGAAUUCUACACCAAAAGCAAGAACAUAAUAAAAUAACAUGAUACACACUUUCUGAUGCUCAUUUUUAUAGCAGCAAAGCAUGCUUCACAUGCACUGCCUGUGAAGGAUCUUACAAGGCUCCUUCCUACUCAGUUAGAAGGUAUGCCUGGCAAGAAUGAAGUACCACCAAGUGUCAAAGAAUCCCGAAAAUAGAGGCGACCAGCCAGUUCACGGUGUGGGAAAGCAGCGCAGUUUUCAGUAAGAAUGACUACCCACAGUCACCAGAGUUUCACUGUAAUUCUACAUUGCACAUGUUUUCAUCAUCAGUAUACACAAAAAUAGCCCCAAGCACAAAGCCAAUCCACUUAGGGGAAUAACAAUAGUAAUAAGAGUAAAGAUGAUAAUAUUGAAAAUGACACAAAUAGAAUUUUGGCACAUGCUGUGUUCUUCAUCCUUUGUCACAGGUGAAAUGCACGUCUGAACAGAGACAGGCAUGGGAAGGCUGCCCGGAAGCAACAUGGCAUGCCCCGGGCAGGGACUGCUGCUUCCCAACCACUUAGACGCCAGCCGCAUGGGUGGGUGUGCUGGGCUGGUUAAGGCCGAUGGUGGAGCAGAGCCAACCUGCAAAAUCCACUUCCUCAGCAUCAGAUCUCUUGAUAAAAGCAUGAACCUGUGUGUGAGGAAAUGGACAGAAAGUGUGCUUAAAAGCCAAGAAAGAAAAUUCAAGAGUCCUGGGUCUGGAGGCUGUGCUGCUUUUGGAAGGAGCUCCGGGAGCCUACCCUUGUCCAAGUGCCUGCCUAGAGCCCCGGCUCUGCUGGUCUUACCCCUUCCCUGAGCCUGCUCUCCGUGAAAUGGAGACAGCAGCUCUGCCUUGCAGCUGUUGAAGGACCAAGAGAAUUAAUGGACUUGAAAGCGCAUGUUACAGUGACCAGGCUCUACCCAGCAUGUGAGUGCCAACACUUAGAGGAUUCCCACUCCUCUGCUACCACACAGGAGACAGUUACUUGGUGAGGGUAACUGUCUCCUGUGUGGUAGGAGACACUGGGUUUGGUGAAAGGUAGAUCUCAUUUAUUUUAAUGCCUUGAUCCAUUUGUAACAUUCAGAGUAACUCCACUGAAUAAGUGGAUUUUGUAUUUUGAAUACAAAAUAAGCCAGUCAGUACUGCAGAAAGGCCCUGUCCCCCUGUGGGGCAAGCUGGCCCUUUCUCUCCCUGGAUCCCCUCUGGCUGCAGGGUUAUCCCUGCUUUUCCAUUAAACUGAUGGGAAGACCGAGGAGACGUGUCUGGGGUCCUGCAGGCCCUAGAUCAGCUGGGCCACAGCAGUCAAGGCAGAGCAGGGUGUGGGCUCAGCAAGCACUGGACGGGUGACCAACAGGCGAGCAAAUGAAACGCAGCAAACGACAGUGUAAGGACUUGAAAUAAGCCACUUACCAUGAGUUGCUUCAAAUCUGCUCUCUCUGCGGGGUUUUUUAUUAAGCUUAAAGGAAGAAAGACAGUGUGAGCUGUUGCUGCUGCUGGUUCUAACUCAGAUUACUUAAUGUGUGCAUGCCUGUCCUCCCCACACCCCACGGGCUCUGAGGAAGAGUGCCUGAGCCUUACCCACCUUCCUGUUCUUAGCAGAGUGUCAUGCCCACAGUAGGUUAAUAAACACUUGCUGAAUUAAAUUAAGGCCAAAAGGCAAUAGGGCAGUCCCUUUACAGCAGGUGUUGAGCGCAGCAGCUAUUCUGCCCCCUGCUACAGUCAGACAUGUCACCCGAGUCCUAGCGCUCUGGAAGAAGGGCAGCAGCUAAAAGGUGAAAGGCAAAGCUGUGCUCCCCAAGAGGGAUGGGGAGCCUGACAAAACCAGAGUACUUUCAGAGAAGAAGGAGGUGACUUACCAUUUAUUCACAAAAUCUUGAAAUUCCAGACUGAAUACUCCACUGGGCAGUUUUGGAGGAGGCUGCAAGUACAUGCAAAGACCUAAGAAGUGUCCUGCUCUACCCACCUCUCCCUCCUCUACUCCCACCUCUGGGCAGUGCCGCCCUUACCCAGUCCAGGAAAGGCAGGGCUGAGAGGCCACGGCUGCUACUGCUUACCCUGUUGGAGUGGUCAGUCUCAAACCAGUCAGAACUGGGGCCAGGUCAGUGUUCUGACUACUCACCAGUCUAAACCUGACUAAAAGUCAGUGGCUGAAUAAAUCAUUUCCUCUCUGAGCCUCAGCUGACCCUUUUUAGCUCUGAGGCUCCACCACCGUACAUCUGGGAGUGCGGCAGGGAAACACAGCCAGUAACUACUAGGAGCAGCAGCGAGGAGGAUGUGCAAACCACCAGCACAGCCCAGCCUGACAGCACCUGUGGGCAUCACAGAAGGCUGAGCAUGAAAUGUUUACCCCUUCUGAGUGCUCAAGGAGUGCAGAAAGGUUAGUAAAACAUUAACUGGCAGAGAGCUGGGUCCCAGCAGGAAAGGAUGACUUUCCUGAUAUAAAUACAACACAGUCUACCUUCUUUGCAUCCUUAUGCAGCUUAGAUCAGACCCUCCACUUCCCUUCUCUGUCCCACAGUGCUUAGCACAAAGCUAAGUGAAGAGCUGAAGUGAGCCCAGUAACCUGUGAACCAGUGGCAGUGAUUUUUCUAAACUGCUGUGGUGAGCCAGGAUUUUCCCUGUUGAAUUUGUAAUGACCAAGGGGACCUUUUGGCCCUUUGGGGGUCUAGUUUUAGAGAGAAAUGAGAAAGCAUGAAAGUUAUUCCACUAGUCUUGAAGAGAAUGGGGCAAUGCCCGUUACCAUGCUCCUCAGAGGAGUGGGGGCCUCCAGCUGCCUCCCAAACAGGCCAGAGCUCAUCGCUUCUCUUCCUCUACCCACGCUGUUCCUAUGCCAGCAGUGCAUCAGGUGCCUUACCAUCUCAAAUUCUGUCCUGCCCUCCAGCUCCUCCUGCCCUGCCCCACCCUCUGAGCAACCACGGUGCUAGUCCAGAGCUUCUAAUUCCCCCAGGCCCAUACUGAUGAAUACUUGUCAGUCUCGUCCUUCCUCAAUCCCUUUUACAUUUAAAUAUACUGGCAUAUAUACUUCACAGAUAAUAUAUCUUCUCUGUAUUAAAGUUAGCAGUAAUGUAAUCACCUGUAAUUCCAUCACUAUGAGAUAACCACUGUCAUAUUACUUCCCAGACUUUAUGUACACAUAAUAUGCAUAGAUUUUUUUAAAUGAAUCAAUCAUACAUACUCUUUUACAACCAACUUUUCCCACACAAUUUAUAGUGAAUAUUUUCCAUAACUUUCUACACUGUCACCUGUUAUGCUCAUUGCUUUAUAUAGAAAAUGCAUGUGUUUGCCUUGCUUCCCCUACCCAAUCUAACAGUCUUUAAGACCUGAGACUUGUUUUUCCAUCUCUGCCUGGAUCCCAACCUCGUUCCUACCACCACCCCAAAGUGCUUAUUAGCACAUAGUAAGUGCACAAGAAAUGCUUGGUGGAAAAAAAGAAAUGCCUGGUGAAUGAAGGAUGAGAAAGCAUUCAAUGGGCAGGUGGAGGCUUCUGAAUCAGAGAGGAUGAGGGACUCGGAGCUAUGUGAAGAUGCUCCUGGGGAAGGGACAGCCCAUGCUGUGGGAAUAAUUCAGAGGUUUCCCAGACAGAUCAAUUGUGAGUUUUUUCCUUAAAAGCAAAUAAAUUCCAAGGUCACAGAA